UUUUUUUUCUGCCAAACAGCAGCAGUACAGCCAUGAAGGCCUCCUCUUCCGUGUUGGGGAUCUUACUCAUGGAUUGUUUCCACCUGGAUGCCUGAGGCUGUGUAGAUGUGGCUGGCACCCCAGAGAGUGGAGCAGGGGGUGAAGACCCAGCACUGAGAGGAGAGAGCCUUGGAUAGGCUUGGGCCAGCUUCCCAGGUUCCAGGAGCAGAUCACAGCCCCAGCAGGAAAAUGAGUGAAGAGACUGUCCCCGAGGCCACCUCCCCGCCGCCCCCGCAGGGGUCGCAUUACUUUGACCGCUUCUCCGAGGAAGACCCUGAGUACAUGCGCCUUCGCAACCGUGCAGCCGACCUGCGCCAGGACUUCAACCUGAUGGAGCAGAAGAAGCGCGUCACCAUGAUCCUGCAGAGUCCGUCUUUCAGGGAGGAGCUGGAAGGCCUCAUCCAGGAGCAGAUGAAGAAGGGGAACAACUCCUCCAACAUCUGGGCCCUGCGGCAGAUUGCGGACUUCAUGGCCAGCACCUCCCAUGCAGUUUUCCCAACAUCUUCCAUGAACUUUUCCAUGAUGACGCCCAUCAAUGACCUCCACACUACUGACACCCUGAACCUGGCCAAGGGGGAGCGGCGCAUGCGCUGCAAGAUCAGCAGUGUCUACCGACUCCUAGACCUCUAUGGCUGGGCCCAGCUGAGCGACACCUAUGUUACGCUGAGAGUCAGCAAGGAGCAGGACCACUUCCUGAUUAGCCCCAAGGGAGUUUCCUGCAGUGAAGUCACGGCGUCCAGCCUGAUCAAGGUGAACAUCCUGGGAGAGGUGGUGGAGAAGGGCAGCAGCUGCUUCCCGGUGGACACCUCGGGCUUCUGUCUGCACUCAGCCAUCUAUGCAGCCAGGCCUGAUGUUCGGUGCGUCAUCCACCUGCAUACGCCAGCCACAGCAGCGGUCUCAGCCAUGAAGUGUGGCCUCCUGCCUGUCUCCCACAAUGCCCUGCUGGUGGGGGACAUGGCCUAUUAUGACUUCAACGGGGAAAUGGAGCAGGAAGCUGAUCGCAUCAACCUGCAGAAGUGCCUUGGCCCCACUUGCAAGAUCCUGGUGCUAAGAAACCAUGGCAUGGUCGCUCUAGGUGACACCGUAGAGGAGGCAUUUUAUAAGAUCUUCCACCUGCAGGCUGCCUGUGAGAUACAGGUGUCAGCUCUGUCCAGUGCUGGGGGAGUGGAGAACCUCAUCCUCCUGGAGCAGGAGAAGCACCGGCCCCACGAGGUCGGCUCUGUGCAGUGGGCUGGGAGUACUUUUGGGCCCAUGCAGAAGAGCCGGCUGGGGGAGCACGAGUUUGAAGCCCUCAUGAGGAUGCUGGACAAUCUGGGCUACAGAACAGGCUACCCGUACCGCCACCCCUUUGUUCAAGAGAAAACCAAACACAAAAGUGAGGUGGAGAUCCCAGCCACAGUCACUGCCUUUGUGUUUGAGGAGGAUGGUGCCCCUGUCCCCGCCCUGCGACAGCAUGCCCAGAAGCAGCAGAAGGAGAAGACCCGCUGGCUCAACACGCCCAAUACCUACCUGCGGGUCAAUGUGGCUGACGAGGUCCAGAGGAGCAUGGGCAGCCCCCGGCCCAAGACCACAUGGAUGAAGGCUGAUGAGGUGGAGAAAUCCAGCAGUGGCAUGCCAAUCCGGAUUGAAAACCCCAACCAAUUUGUGCCUCUCUACACCGACCCCCAAGAAGUGCUGGACAUGAGGAACAAGAUUCGAGAACAAAAUCGGCAAGAUGUGAAGUCGGCAGGGCCUCAGUCCCAGCUCCUGGCCAGCGUCAUUGCUGAGAAGAGCCGAAGCCCGUCGACAGAGAGCCAGCUGAUGUCCAAGGGUGACGCGGAUACCAAAGAUGAUUCAGAGGAGACGGUGCCCAACCCCUUCAGCCAACUCACCGACCAGGAGCUGGAGGAGUACAAGAAAGAGGUGGAGAGGAAGAAACUAGAACUGGAUGGAGAGAAGGAGGCUGCCACAGAAGAGCCAGGCUCACCUGAAAAGUCAGCACCUGCUUCCCCAGCACAGAGCCCGGUGAAGGCAGAGACAAAGAGCCCUGUGGUCUCUCCUUCCAAGUCUGCAGAGGAAGAUGUUAAGGAGACAGAAACAAGCAAAGCCACCACUGAGCCCGAAACAGCCCAGCCAGAAGGGGUGGUGGUCAACGGGAGGGAGGAAGAGCAGACUGCAGAGGAAAUCCUCAGCAGAGGCUUGAGCCAGAUGACCACCAACGCCGACACGGACGUCGAUACCUCCAAGGACAAAACCGAGUCAGUCACCAGCGGUCCCAUGUCCCCAGAGGGCUCGCCCUCCAAGUCUCCCUCCAAGAAGAAAAAGAAAUUCCGAACCCCCUCUUUCCUGAAAAAGAGCAAAAAGAAGGAGAAAGUGGAGUCCUGAUCGGUGGCACCCACGGACUCCCAUUUGCAUCUUCUCCCUCCUCCCCUCCCCUUCUCCCAAUUCUGUCCCUGGAAGCACAGGGCCAAGGAGGGAUAGAAUAGGACCCGGGAUCACACUCAGAGGGGGAACUUGAGAUCACCCGACCAACCCCUCAUUUUACAGUUACACCAGAGAAAUCAGGUGACUGCCCAAGGUCACACAGAUAGUUAGUGGCAGAGUCCGCACUAGAAUUCAGGUCUUCGGACCCCCAGUCUAGUGCUCUUUCCACUUCACAACACUGCCUAGUUGUGGGCCACCUUUGUCAGGACGUUGCCCGCCAAUCUGAGCCCAGGGCAGGAAGGCAAGAAAUGGGCUAUGAGCUCUCACAGGCUCAGACUAAAUCAAACAGGUCGAGACUUCCCCUGAGUAAGGUCCAUUUCUUCCCAGAAGGCCCAUCUCUGUGAUAUGGAGAUAUGGCCGCAUUGAGAAAUCUUGUUUCUCUUGUCCAUUUUGGGUCCCUACCCUGUUGCUCAAAGUAACGAGACAAGUUGACCUGUCCCCGCCAAUAGAAGUUAACCUUUCUUCCCAAGGCUGAUGGCUUAGCUUGCACUUCCCCGAGCACUACCCCUGAGCUGUCUUCAUGGAACCACUUGAACGAUGAAUAGAAGAGCUGUAGGUGUUGGCCGAUGUGAGGGCAAGCCAAGUCAGCCUGACGAUCAGGGAUGGUCUGAUCAGUAUCAGAAGCCAGGAACUUGACCUGUUUGUAUUGUGCAUCUCAAGUGCUUCAAAACUAAAACCAAACUUAGCAUAAGAAAAUGUUAUCUCAUGCUCAGGGCAGAAAAGUGGGGAAAUUUAAAUCCUCCGUUGGCUUUGCGUUGUAUAAGGAGGAUCAAGGUGGCACAGGAGAUGCUGCCUUUCUAGCUCUGCAUGACACACCCAGCAAUGCACUGUACCUGCCUCAUUCCUGUCCAGCAGCCAGGUGUCCCCUGACCUUCCCUCAAACCCAGAGCACUUGCUCCAGAGCAGAGAACUGGCAUCUUAGUCUUGGCUUCCUUGGGGGUCCAGAUCCAAGUUAUUCUGGGUCCAUCAAAGGAGAAACAGAAAUGUGUCUUUCAGGAUUAAUCCUCUUGGACCAGCGCUCAGAGAAAUGCUUGGGUGUCCCCAGCCCUGUCACUCUGUCUGUCCUGGGGCCUGGUCAUAGCUACAGCUAUUGUUUUAAAUCCAACACUAUUUUUUCAUGAUCUUCUAUGGGGCAUUGAUUCAUGAGCAUUGUUGACUCCUAGACAAUCCAUUCUCUUUAAAGCACAGUGUCUUCAAAGAAAAUUUCUCUUUUUUGUCCUGACUAAUGUAAAAAUAUUUUUGGAAGUUCUUAACCAUAGGACCAUAGUUUUCCAUUUUUGAGCAUUUCAAGUCCAAGGACACUGUGCAGGCUUCACAUACAUGACACCCUGUAAGCCUCACAACAAUCCUGUGAGUUGGAUAAGAUGAUUCCCAUUUGAUCACCAGGAAACUGAACUCCCAAAAGAAAAACCUAAAGUCUAGAUUUGAACUUG